AUGGCUGAACGAACCAACCCCUGUCGUGUUUGUCUCGGGCAAGGUGCUCGCAACAUGUUUCAUUGCAGCCCCGUCGACGAGGAAAAGUGUUCCGCAGCGUCCAUCAGCUAUCUUCCAGAGAAGCUGCAGUUCGUGACACUGUUGCAGGUAUCAGAAAGCGACGGUCUGUCUAAUUGGAUAUGCGAACUGUGCAUCAUUCAGCUGAACGUAGCGUUUCAAUUCAAGCUGCUCGCCACCGAAUCGGACACGAAACUACGCCAGCAAGUGGACAAUGCAUCUGCUAAAGUACCUGUAGAGGGCUCCUCGAUCAUGCCGGAGUUCAACAUAGAAUCAACCAUUGAAAUAAUGCCGCCGGUAAAGAUGGAAUUCGUGGACGUCGGCUCGUAUAUACCGUGCAGUCCUGCACAGGCGAUCGCGGACCAGAGCUCGGAUCCGAGUUCAUCACGAACGGCGAUGAACAGUUGCAACUCGCCAUCGACCAUGGUGUGUCUGCAGAAAGAUCUCAUCGAUCCCGAGAGAGACGCAGCGUUCAUCAAGUCUAUCAUCAAACAGAGCGAAGUGGACGUAAGCAGUCCUGCUGACGACGGCAAGAACACCACCACCGUCGGCGCAGGUACUCCCAAUGAUCCUAAGACUAAGACUGUUCCCAAAGAAAGCGCUAGCUCUGUUCCUACAUCUUCGAAGCAACAAUCGAAGGACAAACCCAGGCGCAAGCGUAGCCGGGUCUCGUCGAGGAAGGACAGUCGAAAGCGACCUCUGGAGCAGAGCAGCAAAACAUGCGAGAGUAAAAACACAGUGCAAAACAAACGUCAGCGGGUAAUGAAAUUGUUGGAAAAGCUGCGCAUCGAUAUGGUGUGCGAUUUUAACGUUGACAAGUCCAAACUGGACAUACCGAGUCCGACACGGUUGAUUAGUUUAAACAUCCCAAAGAAAAUCAUAACGCGUCGUAACUCCAUCUGUGUGUCGUAA